CAAUGAUGACAAGUGAGAUUUCCACACAGCAUGUUUGCUGCACAGGCACAAAGCAGGAGAAAGUCCACGGUUUGGUUUAUUGGGUGAAACUAGGCCGUGCAGAAAUGUGCUCUGAAGUUUUAAACCGCUGUGAAGUGAUUGGGCAGCUAAGGAGGGAACUGUAUGGAGAUCCAUUGUCUACUCACAAGGCACACAUUUUCAUAAUCUUUGGAGCUUCAGGAGACCUUGCAAAAAAGAAAAUCUACCCUACACUUUGGUGGUUGUAUAGAGAUGGUCUGCUCCCAAAUGAGACCUCCUUUGUGGGUUUUGCUCGCUCCAGCCUGACUGUCCAUGACAUCAGAACAGCAUGUCUGCCCUAUAUGAAGAUCACUGAUGAAGAGAGCGACUGCCUUGAAGCUUUCUUCAGAAAAAAUUCCUACGUGAGUGGAAGAUAUGAUGAUGCUAUUUCUUUUAACCAACUCAAUGCCCAUUUAUUAUCUCUCCCUGAUGGAGCUGAGGCCAACCGGCUCUUCUAUCUGGCCCUGCCUCCUACUGUGUACCAGAGCGUUACCACUAACAUCAGGACACACUGCAUCAGUCUCCAGGGCUGGAAUAGGGUCAUUGUGGAGAAGCCGUUUGGUCAUGACCUACAGAGUUCACAGGAGCUUUCUUCUCACCUCUCCUCAUUGUUUAAAGAAGACCAAAUCUACCGCAUUGACCACUACCUGGGGAAGGAGAUGGUGCAGAAUCUCAUGGUGCUAAGGUUUGGAAAUCGUAUUUUUGGACCAAUCUGGAACAGGAACAGUGUGUCCUGUGUGGUUCUCACUUUCAAGGAGCCUUUUGGUACUCAGGGACGUGGAGGUUACUUUGAUGACUUUGGGAUUAUUCGGGAUGUGAUGCAGAAUCAUUUGCUUCAGAUUCUAUGUUUGGUUGCCAUGGAGACGCCCGCAUCCAGUAACUCCGAUGAUGUGCGAGAUGAAAAGGUGAAAGUGCUGAAAUGCGUGGCUUCUGUCUCUGCCUCCGAUGUGGUCUUGGGACAGUAUGUGGGGGACUGUAAAGGGGAGGGGGAGGCCCGCUUUGGUUACCUCGAUGACCCCACUGUCCCAGAUGGUUCGUACACACCUACCUUUGCUACAGCGGUGCUUUAUGUCCAAAAUGAGAGAUGGGAUGGAGUUCCCUUUAUUCUGCGCUGUGGUAAAGCCCUGAAUGAGAGGAAAGCAGAAGUACGGCUACAGUUCACUGAUGUCCCAGGGGACAUUUUUGGGGGGAGGUGCCAGCGGAAUGAACUGGUCGUGCGGGUGCAGCCGGAUGAGGCCAUCUACCUGAAGAUGAUGACCAAGAGACCCGGGGUUUACUUCAGCCCUGAGGAAACAGAGCUGGACCUCACAUACAAGAGCAGAUACAAGAAUGUGAAGUUGCCAGAUGCCUAUGAGAGACUGAUACUGGAUGUCUUCUGUGGAAACCAGAUGCACUUUGUCCGCAGUGAUGAGUUGCGGGAGGCCUGGAGAAUUUUCACUCCACUCCUCCACAAAAUAGAGCAAGAAAAAACAGCCCCUAUACCCUACACAUACGGAAGCCGUGGUCCAACUGAGGCAGAUGAUCUUAUGCAAAGGGUUGGAUUUCACUAUGGAGGAACAUACAAGUGGGUGCAGCCCCACCAUACAACAUGAUGCCCCUUAUUUACAUUUAACUCAAGGCCACAGUGGACAUGUUUACAGUGAUCUUUUUGACACCUGCAUGGACUUUAAAAAUCAUGUAGCAGCUAGAAAUGUGAUGUUCACCUGUAAAAUGUACAUUUUUGAAAUAAAUAAUUUCACUUAUUUUCCACAAUUGAUUAGGCAACUCUUGAAAAUUAACAUUUGUAACUUUAAAACUGGUAACCUGAAAAUGUGUCACUCAAUGAAAACUGGUCACUUCUAGCCCAGUUACUGCACAAGGUAAGGUGAUUUUCAUUCUCAUAACCCAAAUAUUAACAUAACUAAACCACCUGGAUGUUUGAUUUGCACCCUUUAUUAAUCCUAUAGUAAAAUCUAUUACUUGUGUCAUGUAAUGUCAUGUUCUCUUAUCAUUUGUCUGUUUGGCAGGCAGACAGUCUGACCAGGAGUGCCCGAACAGCAAUAAUCUCAAUAUCAAUAACUGGAGGACUGUGGGAAACCCAGCCAUAAGGACAUGUGUUUGAUCUGUCUCUUCUUUAGGAUGGGCAUACUUUUUUUCUAUGCACUGCCAAGAAAUAAUAUUGUGACCUAAAUGUACUUUUUAUUGGCCCAGUGCCAUUCUGGGAAAAUUUGUUACCGACAUUCAUUGCAUAAAGUGAGUUAUUGUUGUUAAAGCAAAUUUAAAUUCAUUCAUUCAAAUAAAAAAAAAACAGUAUUUUGUAGUUUAUUUGCCAUUUUUCAGCAUAAAUAUAGUUUAUUCUUUUUUUUUUUAAAUGUCAUCAUUAUAAAAAAUACUUAUUUCUAAAAAUAAAUACACUAUUGCAUCUUGUAACUGUCUGAAAUAAAAAGGCCUUCUCAGUG